CAACUGUCUCUUGUACAGAUCGUGUAUUAAUCUACUAUAACUAUAAGAGACCCCCCCUUCACGAAUUCCUGCGUUUAUCCGAGUGAUCCACAAACGACGAAAAUUUCUCUUUUGCCUAUCUCUAUCCCUAUUAGCCGAAACCAAAGCUUUUAUUUUCUGUUGAGUAAUAGUUCGAGUAAGUCUUGAAUGAGCCCCCCGAAAGCUUGAUGCAAAUAAACGAAUUUUUGUUCUACGUCUCCGAGCUAUAUAUCCUCGCUUAAUUCUGGUCAUUGAAUAAUUGAAACUUUGACGAAUAACUAAUUGAUUUCCUUUCUUUCAGUUAUUCUUUUCCCCCUUCCUAGCCUAUUAAUAACAAAACGGAUUUUUCCAAUGUAUAAAAUAAAAAUUCCAAUGGCUUUGGCUACUAUAACCUUCCCGACCACGAUUUUUUCUAGGCAUUUCACCUAGAAAUAAUCAAUUGUAUUCUCCUAGGUAUCAAAAAUAUAGUAAAUAAAUAAAGUAGUAAAUAUAAAUGGAUAAAGAAAUAGUGGGUUCCAUCGUUUCUAUGGUUACUUCUUAAACGGUGAGGCCUUCUCUAUACACCGGAGCCCCUUACUUGAUUUAAUCAAUGUUAUUGGUAACUUGUACAGUUCACACUCUUUGGCUCUACCCAUGAAUUAUCCAGUACUAGGUCUUUCACAAUGAGAUCUACCUAUACAGUAACGGUAUUUAAUUAUAAAAGUUAGCGGGGUAGCUGACCCUGUGAGUCCGUUCUUGCAAGAGUGGGAACCUAAUCUUUCUGUUUUUUAAAUUUUAAAUAGGAUUUUCCCCGCUUAAUGAAUAACCAUUUGUUACCAAUGGGGAAUUGCUUUUCAUUUAAAAUAGAGGUGAUUGGAUUUGCACCAACGGAAACCAUAAAUUUCAUACACAAUAGAGGGAUACGAUAGAUUUUUUAUUUUUAGAUAGCGAAUGGAGUUCUUACAGUCUAUCCUAUUCAUCGGUACUGAUCGUUGUUACUGGAAAAUUGGUUUUCUUUCCUUUGUCCCAGCCCAUGAUCUGAACGAGUCGCACAUACACCCUAGUACAUGUUCCUCGACGCUGAGGGCAUCCCCGAAGAGCGGGGGAUUUUGUGACAUUUCUGAUUGGCUGUCUUGUAUUUCUAAUAAGUUGUUUAAUGGUUGGCAUGUUGAAUCAUAUACAUAAUGGGCUGGUUUAGAUCGAUCCUAACCGGAUGAUUAUGAAUUACUUCUUUUGAAUAGAAUAUUAAACCCGGCAAGAAAAUCAAAUCUUAAAUCGCGGAUUUGUGUGAAAUCCGUGCUAUUUUCAUUCAACCGCUACAAGAUCAACGAUUCCAUAAGCUUGGGCUUCUGUUGCUGACAUAAAAACAUCCCUCUCCAUGUCUUCAGAUACAACCCAUAAGGGUUUGCCCGUUCUUUGUACAUAAACCCUUGUGAGGGUUUCGCGCAGUUUCAGCAGUUCUUCCGCUUCCAGGAUAAAUUCUCCCGUUUGUGCCUCAUAAUAAGCACUCGCAGGUUGAUGGAUCAUUACCCUGAUGAUAUAACAUAAUAAAAGGUUCUUCUAUCUCGCAGAGAAAAGAAAGAAAGAUAAAGAAUAACAAGAAAAAAAAAAGAUAGAA